CCAAACCCACGCACUAUCAAAGCAACGGUGACACACGCUCUCAAAUAGUUGAGGUCUCACUUUCUCAAGCUACCAAAGGCAGCCGUUACCACCACACCUUUCUCCGAGUAAACAACACAAGAGCUGGAAAUAAAAGAGGUAGAGAGAAAUGUGGAGCCUCUUUUUACUAUAAAUCGAUUCGGAGAUUCGACCCUUUCGAUCGUCGGACAAUCCUUGCUGAUAGUCCAAGGUCCCCUGAAGCUAUCAGGAAAGACUUCUUAGGGUUUUGCGGCGAGAGAAGGACUUAAAAUUUUUUUUACUGUUUUCUUGGUUUUCGAUGGCUUCGGAGGAUGUGAAGAGUAGUGAAUCGGCGGUUUCGACGAUCGUGAAUCUAGCCGAGGAGGCGAAGCUCGCGAGGGAGGGCGUUAAGGCUCCUAGCUAUGCUAUUCUUAGCAUCUGCAAGUCUUUCGUUGCCGGCGGCGUCGCCGGUGGAGUGUCUCGAACUGCUGUUGCUCCUUUGGAACGUUUAAAAAUAUUACUUCAGGUUCAAAAUCCACAUAGUAUAAAAUACAAUGGAACGAUUCAAGGCUUGAAGUACAUUUGGAGAACAGAAGGUUUUCGUGGAUUAUUUAAAGGAAACGGUACUAAUUGUGCACGUAUUGUUCCAAACUCUGCUGUCAAGUUCUUCAGCUACGAGCAAGCUUCAAAGGGAAUCCUUUAUCUGUAUCAACGGCAAACUGGCAAUGUAGAUGCUCAACUCACUCCUCUUUUACGCCUUGGAGCUGGAGCAUGUGCCGGAAUAAUUGCCAUGUCUGCAACUUACCCAAUGGACAUGGUACGAGGCAGGCUCACUGUACAGACAGAGAACUCUCCUUAUCAGUAUAGAGGAAUGUUUCAUGCUCUGUCAACUGUGUUGCGGCAAGAAGGCCCACGGGCAUUGUACAAGGGUUGGCUUCCUUCUGUCAUUGGAGUUAUACCUUAUGUGGGUCUGAACUUUGCUGUGUAUGAAUCUCUAAAAGAUUGGUUAAUCAAAAGUAAACCAUUUGGAUUGGUUGAGGACUCCGAGUUGAGUGUGACGACCAGGCUUGCUUGUGGGGCUGCUGCUGGAACUGUUGGCCAAACUGUUGCUUACCCUCUUGAUGUGAUUCGCAGAAGAAUGCAAAUGGUAGGAUGGAAAGAUGCUGCCUCAGUUGUCACUGGUGAUGGAAGGAACAAGGCCCCUCUUGAAUAUGCUGGCAUGUUUGAUGCAUUCAGGAAAACUGUUAGGCAUGAGGGCUUUGGAGCAUUAUAUAAGGGUCUGGUUCCUAAUUCUGUGAAGGUUGUACCAUCAAUAGCGAUUGCUUUCGUGACAUACGAGGGGGUGAAGGACAUUUUAGGAGUUGAGAUCAGGAUAUCAGACUGAACUGGGCCCAAUUCAACUUAAUGUU